AUGUCUGAACUCGAGUUUAUUGGCGGGUUUGGAUGCGAUCCUAUUGAAACUGGCAAGCACAAAGUCAUGGUGAUUUCAAGAGGCCAAUGCACGUUUGAAGAAAAAGCAUGGCAUGCGCAACAGGCGGGGGCUCGUGCUGUUGUGUUUUUAAACAACCAACCAAAUCAGUCCUUGUUUCGUAUGGCUGCUGGCUCAGGCACGCAACGAUCUAUCCGUAUACCAAGCGUGCUUCUAAAUUACGAGGAUAGUCUGCUGUUGGUGAAGAACAAGCGUAUACAGCAGUUUAGAAUGCAGCAGUUGGGGUCAGUGGAUCAAGAUCCAAAAGCGAGAUUUGUAUUGUAUUUCCAAAAUCAAGUGGUUGCAAAUGCAAAUGUUAUUAAUGUCUAA